AUAAGGAUGAAAAUACUAAUGUUGUACCACUUAAUCAAUUCUUAAGUCGCCAAAGAAUUAUCUCAUUUAUAUUAAGAAAAAUAGGAGCUGAUCAUGCUUCCAGAGUACAUGAAGGUAGAAAUAAUUCUAGUUAUCAAUAUUUGCGACAAUUGGCAUGUAGGUAUAAAAUAGGUUAUGCUUUAUUGGUCGAGCAUUAUAGUAUAAUGAAUGAUAGGCCAAUUAUUCUAGCGACUCAAGAAGAAAAUACUGAGAUAUCAGAUAUUAUAGAUCUAUACAAUUACUAA